UUCUUCUUUUUGGACGAGUGGAUGCUUGGUAAACAUUCAAGAGCCUGCAUAAGUAUUUUAUAGAUUAAAUAAGACAGUUCGGUAGCAUUAUGGCGGAGAGUUUGAGUGAGGGAAUGUUGCGUUAGCUUACAGUGACAGACGUACGUAAAAUCUGUGCUGUUGUUGCUAACCAGCUAACUAUUCUAAAUAGUUAACUACUUUUAUUUAUUUUUUAAAAUCAUGAAUCGCUAAAUAUUCCCAAAUAUUAUCUCUUACCUUCGUGUUCAUUUUGUCACAAAUGCAAUUUCCGAAUGGCAAAAAUGGAAUGUGUUGGACAGUGGAACAAAACAGACAUUACAUCAACUCUAAGAAAAAGGACAAACAUUCCUCAUUCAGAAAAGGAUCAGACUUCAUCCAAACCUUCAGAGAAGGAGAAAAGCAGUCAAGCUGCUUUGUCUUCAAAUGGGACAUCUUCUGAGGGCUUAGGUAGGGGAAACUAUCCUGAUAAUAAAGGCAAAGUGCUGCUGCUGCUGGUGGGGAUUUCUCUCUCCACACGACUCUACAAGAUCAUGGAUCCCCCUCAUGUGUGCUGGGAUGAGACGCACUUUGGAAAGAUGGGAAGCUACUACAUCAACAGGACCUUCUUUUUUGAUGUCCAUCCUCCGCUUGGGAAAAUGCUGAUUGGUCUAGCAGGUUUCAUGACAGGCUAUGAUGGUACAUUUCCUUUCCUAAGCCCUGGAGAUAAAUAUGGGGGUCACAACUACUGGGGCAUGAGGGGUUUCUGUGCCAUUUUGGGUUCUUGUCUCCCCAUAUUUGCCUACAUCAUAGUGCUGGAGUUGUCUCUGUCUUACACUGCUGCUCUAAUCACAGCUGCUCUACUUAUAUUUGAUACUGGCUCCAUCACUAUUUCCCAGUACAUCCUGCUGGACCCCAUUCUCAUGUUCUUCAUCAUGGCAGCUCUGCUCAGCAUGGUCAAGUUCAACCAGCAGGGUGAUAGGCCUUUUUCGGCCCCCUGGUGGCUGUGGCUAGUACUCAUUGGUGUAAACCUUGCUGGUGCUUUAGGAGUGAAGUUUGUGGGGCUCUUUGUCAUCCUGCUGGUGGGACUGAACACAGCCUCUGACCUCUGGAGGUUAAUAGGGGACUUGCGCCUCUCAUUGGUGGACAUCACAAAGCACCUCCUGGCUCGGGUGUUUGGACUCAUCCUGCUCCCGCUGUUUCUCUACUUUACCAUUUUUGCAGUCCACUUUGUUGUGUUGAACAAAAGUGGACCGGGAGAUGGCUUCUUCAGUUCUGCUUUUCAAUCCCGUCUCAUUGGAAACAAACUACAUAACGCGUCUAUGCCUGAGUACCUGGCGUACGGCUCCACUGUCACACUGAAAAAUCUCCGUAUUGCUGGAGGAUACCUGCACUCUCACUUGGACCUGUAUCCAGAUGGAGUCGGUGCAAAGCAGCAGCAGGUGACAGCCUACUUCCAUAAAGACUACAACAACUUGUGGGUUGUCCACCGACAGACUGAUCAUGCUAAUCAGUCAGAAACUCCAGAUUUGAUUCGUCAUGGCGACAUCAUUCGAUUGGAACACAAAGAGACAACCCGCAAUCUUCACAGCCACCUCCAUGAGGCGCCGCUGACCAAAAAGCACUACCAAGUUACAGGUUAUGGCAUUAAUGCCACAGGAGACGCCAAUGACCUGUGGCAGGUGGAGGUAUAUGGGGGGAGGAAGGGCGAUCUUGUGAAGGUGCUACGCAGUAAAGUCCGCUUUCUGCACCAAGCUACUGGCUGUGUGCUUUACUCAUCUGGCAAGACUCUGCCCAAGUGGGGCUGGGAACAGGUGGAGGUGACCUGUAGUCCCUACUUGAAGGAAUCUCCAAACUCGCAGUGGAACAUUGAAGAUCAUAUCAAUUCCAAAUUGCCCAACAUUAGUCUGUCAGUGCUGAAGCCACUUUUUCUGGAGAUCCUGCUGGAGUCCCAUAUUGUUAUGAUCAGAGGUAACAGUGGUUUAAAACCCAAAGGCAAUGAUAUGACCUCAAAACCCUGGCACUGGCCCAUCAACUACCAGGGACUGAGGUUUUCUGGGGUGAAUGAAACAGAGUAUCGAGUUUACCUGCUGGGGAACCCUGUGGUUUGGUGGACCAAUUUAGCAUGUUUGGGAUUGUAUCUCAUCAUGGUGUCCACGGCUUCUGUUACCCUGCAAAGAGGUAUACCGUUGAACCGCAAACGAAGAGAACAUUCCCGCAUGCUGAGGAGUGGAGGCGGGCUGCUGUUUCUUGGCUGGCUGCUUCACUACGCACCGUUCUAUGUUAUGAGUCGGGUUCUGUACUACCACCACUACUUCCCUGCUAUGCUGUUCAACAGCAUGCUGACUGGAAUGACAUUAGACAUUCUGUUGAAAAACACAGACCUGCUACUCCGCCCACCUCAUUCUGAUUGGCUGCGGACUGUUGGGCACGCAGGACUUCUGUUCAGUAUUCUUUACAGUUUCUACCUGUUUCAUCCUCUGACCUACGGAAUGACGGGCCCACUGGCACACGAGCCGGGCAGCACCAUGGCCGGCCUCAAGUGGAUGGACUCAUGGGAAUUUUGAGACUUGAAUGAGUGCGAUAUGAGAGUGUUACAGAUGCUUUCAUCACCAAACUGCCUUAGAUGCAUCACACACUACAAACAUUGCAAUAAUAAGCUAAAGCGAUUGUGGGACGUAUUGAAAAAGAAUUCAGAAAUACUGAAGUGCUGUGUCUCUGUGCUCAUCUAUAUCAUAAGAGCCAAGCGGCGUGUGUGUGUGUGUGCGCGCGCUCCUGUGUAUGGCUUUGAUCACGGCAAAACCGGGGAGAGCUGACAUUUGCCGUUUGGUAUGCUUAUGUAUUUUGGGUCAAGGAUUAACACGAAAACAAAUUUGAUAGGACAAAUAUUUUUGAGAAAUUAGCAUUUUUAACUAAUCAGUAAACAGCAGACGUUGUGCUGCAAUGCACCAUGGGAGUUUGGGGUUUUAAGGUUUUAAAUGUUAUUGUGUUAUUAUUGAUUUAUUGUGUUGUGUGUUGUAGGUCAAUAGGUUUAGCCAGUUUAGGUAAGUGCUGUUGCUGUUACCAUGAGUGACGUAAGUGUCAUGUUGGUACCAUGAGUGAAAUGUGUAGUGCUUUUGAUGUCUUCUGCCACUGUCUCUGUUUGUCAAAAGCACCUGCUUACAGCAGAUUGCAAAAAAGAAACAAAGCUUUGGGUGUGUGCAAUUUGAUCACGUAAAAACUGGGGAGAGCUGACUUUUUCCAUUUGGUAUGUAUUUUGGGUCAAGGGUGAACGUCGAUAGGAUUAAUAUUUAUACAGAAGCUACAUAUUAGCUAACAACAAUGGACAGUGAUUUUCUGGACUCACACGCCAAUCCAGCACGGGGCGGUGAAUCAUUUAUAUAUUAAAAGAAUGAGAGUGUGUGUGUGUGUGCAUGCGUGAUUUUACAUAAGUUCAGUGCAAGUAUACGUAUAAUACAAUUGUAAAUAUAUUAAAAAUACAUGGAUGACACAACAAAAUGAAAACACUUGCCAUUGU